AUGGAUGACGAAGUGUUGAGUAUUGGAAAACCAAUUGUUUUUGAUGAAUCUAUUGCUCACUAUGAGAUACAUGCACAUUUACCGUACGCUUCAUCAACAUUCAAUAACAGCGAUGAAAUUCGAAUUGCCGUACAAAAUCAGGACCACUGUCUUUUACCAGGUAAAAGUUCUCUACACAUUCAGGGAAAAUUGGUAAAAGAAAAUAGUACGGCAGUGACCAGUACGAGAUUUAUUAUUAAUGCAAUUUGUCAUUUAUUUGAAGAAGCACGAUAUGAAUUGAAUGCCAUUGAAAUUGAUAAAAGCAAAAAUGUCGGACUCACGAGUCUAAUGAAAAAUUACGUGUCAAUUUAUAGUAAUCAGAGUAAAUUUUUGGAAAAUGCCGGUUGGUUUCCAACAUGCAAUGCAAACAUCUCUCUAAUUGAUGAAAAUGGUAAUUUUGAUGUUGCAAUACCUUUAAGCACUAUUUUUGGUUUCGCCGAGGAUUAUCAAAAAAUUAUUGUAAACGCUAGACACGAAUUAAUUUUAACACGAGCAAGAAGUGACGUCAACGCAAUUAUACAAACAGCUCCAGAAGAUGUAAAAAUUUCCAUCGAUAAAAUCGAAUGCUUACUACCCAAUGUCCGCUUAUCAGAUGCAAGAAAAUUCAAACUACUCAAAUACAUUGAAAAAGAUCCUCUCAUUCCUAUAAGUUUUCGAACAUGGGAAUUAUACGAGUAUCCUUUAAUACCAACAACAGCAAAUCACGUGUGGACUGUUAAAACAUCAACGCAAUUGGAGAAACCACGUUUUGUUAUUUUAGGUUUCCAAACAAAUCGAAAAAAUGUAUUAACGCGAAAUGCAAGUCACUUUGAUCAUUGUAAAAUUACAAACGUUAAGCUAUUUUUAAACAAUCAAUGCUAUCCAUAUGGUAAUCUUAAUGUUGACAUGGAUAAGAAACACUAUGCUGUACUCUAUGAAAUGUAUAUCAAUUUUCAAGCUAGUUACUAUUAUGAUAGAGAAUCACAACCAUAUUUGACAAAAGCAGAAUUUUUAAAUUAUGCUCCACUAAUAGUAAUUAAUUGCUCAAAGCAAAAUGAAUCUUUAAAAUAUGGUCCUGUUGACAUUCGACUUGAAUUUGAAGCUAAAGAAAAUUUUCCCGCUCAAACUGCAGCCUAUUGUCUCAUUUUACACGACAGAGUAGUGGAAUAUAAACCUAUAAGUGGGGGAGUAAAAAAAAUUAUAUAA